GAAGAUGCGCAUCUUAUACCUAGGCGCACUUUAGAAGGCAUCGCUUCGCGAACUCGGGCCGGCUUUUGUAGGUUCGUCUAAAACCCUCCCGCGCCAUCGUCUACUCCGCCCACCCCUCUCUCUCUCUCUCCGAAACACUCUCAGUUUCUCUCUCUAGAUUCCGUACACAAUGAGUGUUAAGCUCGAGUCCUUGGCUCUUAAAAGCCCUAACCCUAGCUUGAGUCUUCUGUUCUCCAACAGAGCAACGGCGUCGCAAUCUCUCCUUCGACCUCACAGGGUCUCGACUGCGGUUCGUUCAAGGGGGUUCGGCCUCCGCCUCGGCUUACUACCGCUGCAUCGUCAUGACUUCAGGAACCGGUCGGUGUUCGCAUUCGCAGCUUCCCAUGAAGAGGAAUCGCCUAAGGAAAUUGACUUGGAGGAGGAGAAGAGUGAUCUGAAAGGGGGAGCUGAAGAAUCAGAAGAAGCAUGGGAACAGACUCUAGCCUCUUUCAAAGAGCAAGCGUUAAAGAUGCAGAGUGUGUCACAAGAAGCUUAUGAAUUGUACUCCAAGAAAGCCAUUGUCAUCUUAAAAGAAACUUCUGAGCAGUUAAAAAUUCAAGCAGAAAAGGCAAGACAGGAUUUAAGUGUGAUUGUGAAGGAAAUAAGUGAAGAGGGUAAAGAAUAUCUGUCCACAGCGGCAGAGAAAUCCCCGGAACCAGUAAAAGAUAUUGUUGACACAUUUGCAACAGUUGGUUCUUCUGUUAAUCAAGACACAAAAUUUUCUGAAGUCCCUGACUUUUUCCUUGGGAUACCAUAUGGUAUCCUUCUUUCAUUUGGUGGCCUUCUUUCCUUCUUGGUUAGUGGAAGCAUUUCUGCUAUUAGGUUCGGUGUUAUCCUUGGUGGUACGCUUUUGGCUUUAAGUAUCUUAAGUCUGAGAUCGUGGAAAAGAGGAGAGUCAUAUCCUCUAGCCUUGAAAGCGCAAGCAGCAAUAGCCAGCAUAUUAUUUUUAAGAGAGAUACGCUUGCUGUUUGAGAGACCACCAGCUACCUUUUUUUUGCCAGUCCUUCUCAGUGGUGCGAUGGCUGCGUUCUUUCUUUACAGGAUCAGAUUGAAUGGCGGACAGACAAAUGCAUCAAACUUGGAAGAUGGCACUGAAAAUUAAUGCUCUGUGGAAAAAAGCACAGUUACUACUGCAAAAUGCUAGAGGAACAGGAUUAUGGCUUUCAGGGAUCAAGCACGACCUGCCUGGUGGAAGAAGCGCAACCACCUUUCAUGUAUUCGAGGUGUCAGGCGAUACUUGUAUCUCCGAAGGAAAAUUUGUUUGCGUUGUUGGAGAGUUGAUAUUUGAAAUUGUAUUCCGCUUUAUGUGGGUUUGUUUUUUAGCCAAGCAGGAUAGAUGAUUGACUUUUUGUGAAAUAAAUCCAUCCCAUCUUCCCCUUGGAUGUGGAUAAUCUA